AUGAUUGAUAUCUUAGAACGCUUAGCUGAAAGACAGGGUCCAGAACCCCUUAACCAGCCCGGGGGCCAGGAUAGAGGAGAAGAUAAGGCUUUGGAGAGGUUCCUGAAGUUUAACCUACCUCAGUUCACUGGAGAGCCCGACCCCGAGGCAGUUAAAAACUGGUUAGAGAGAAUAACUAAUAUAUUCACUGCUUUAGACUAUACCGAAAAUAGGCGAGUAAAUUUUGCUGCUUUCCAAUUUGAGGGAGUGGCACGUGCCUGGUGGGAUUUGAUAAGGGGGAAAUGGGAAAGAGCGCAGACCUCCUGGACUUGGGAAAACUUCACGAGGGAAUUUAAUGAGAAAUUUCUCCCACCCUUGAUUCAAGAAAAAAGGGAAGAUGAAUUUAUAAAGUUGAGGCAAGGAACUUCUAAUGUAGCUGAGUAUGAAGGGAAAUUUACUAAGCUUUCUAAGUAUGCUCCUGAAUUGGUGACUAAUGAACGAAGGAGGAUAAGGCGCUUUGUACAAGGACUUAAUGUGGAGAUUCAGGAGGUGCCAUUCGAUAUGGGAUUUUAG